AUGACUGGAAAUAAAAGAAAGAAUCCACGAGACUUGACCCGUCUCUCCGGCAAACCACUUGCUGAGACUCUCGAGCCCUCUUCAGUACUGGCAAGCAGCACCGAAGAAUGGGUCACAUCUCAAGACCUGGCUGAGUAUGGCCUCUCAUUCAAACCAGAAGUCAUCCAAGAUAUGACCCUCUUUCUCCUGGCCAACCCCAACAUGAGCUCCACCCAUCUAUACCGGGCAGACAUCCUUUUCGACAGCUGGGGUUCACUGCGGACACCGCAGCAGAAAGAGCAGUCCUUCGCUCAGAAUGGGAACAGCAACCUGGAGACCACCGAGGAGCACGUGGAACCCACGCCCGCGAGAGAAAUCCCCGAUUUCACUCUCACCAGAACGGUAGUGAGGAGACUCAUCCCCAGAAACCCGAACCUAGACAGAGUCAUGGACCAAACAUGUCACUUCUACGAACACAUCAACGAGUCCACAGACACAAGCGAUGGAUCUAUCAACCGAUACCUCGCUGUCUACACCCCCCACAUCACCUCCAAAGAAGACAUGCCCUUCUACCACCCUCUCCUCCGUUCCCUAGCCUUCCUAUACGACUACAACACCACCACCAAAACAUCAGACCCCUCCCCCAACCCAGGCACCAUGUCCAUCCACUUCCUCCUCUUCCCCAACGAACCCAUCCAAAACCGCCUAGAGCGCACCCUACAAGCCCUCCUGACCAUCCAAAUCCGCCUCGCCCGCGGCACCCGUCUAACCGGCAAAGCAGACAACGGCGGCGGCGGCAGCCAAAACCCAGCCAAAGACAACGUCAUCCCGCAGCACCUGGUGCAAAACACGUACACACGCCUGAAAGCAAAAUACGCCGCCGAUUUGUGUCAAAACUGGGUCGAGAGCACCGAACCCUCCAAGCACGUCUUCGAGGACCUCUCAAUCACCGCAUUUCUCAUCGAACUCUGGAGAAGCAUGUACGGCGCCGUCCCAGCAGACGAGCAAGCCUCCACCUCCACCACCACAUCCUCCUCCUCUACCUUCCCCGGCUUCGUCGACGUAGCCUGCGGCAACGGCGUCCUUGUGUACGUCCUCCUCAUGGAAGGCUACAAAGGCUUUGGCUUCGACGCCCGUCGACGCAAAACAUGGAGUAUAUUCCCCGAGUCCGUGCAAUCACGACUCACAGAGGAAAUUUACAUCCCCAAACCAUUCUCCGAAACGAACCCCUCUCUGCUCCAAGAAUUGACCAUAAAAUCCCACACGGGGUCUUUUCCAAAAGACACAUUUAUUAUCUCCAACCACGCAGAUGAACUCACAGUCUGGACGCCCCUCAUGGCUACGCUUCUUUGCCCUGAGUCGCCGUCCCCUUUUAUUGCUAUCCCGUGCUGCUCGCAUUCACUUUCUGGUGCGAGGUUCCGGUAUCCGCCUCCUAAGGCGGGCAAGAAGGAUAAAUCAAACGAGGAAGAGGGCAAUCCAGCAUCAGGAGACCUCAAAUCCCUCCGGAAAGAGAAACAGGAUGCGCAGACUACGGAAGCAGGGUUCCUUAAGUCCAUGUAUGGCUCGUUGACCGCGAAGACGAUGAGUGUGGCGGAGGAAAUCGGGUACGAGGUUGAGCGGACCCUGUUGCGGAUUCCGAGUACGAGGAAUAUGGCUGUUAUUGGGGGGAGGAGGCGGACGACGCAGGUGUGGAAGGAGAGAGCGAGUGGGUCUGCUGCUGCUGCUGCUGAUGGUGGUGGUGAUGGUGAUGGUGAUGGAGAGGAGGUCCUGGAGCGGGUUAUGGAUGCUGUACGGAGGGAGUGUUCGCGUGAGGGGGGCGUUGAGGCUGCUGGGAAGAUCUGGAUUGAGAGGGCGAAGGGGUUGAAUAAGGGGUCUGGGAUGGGGAAGCAGGGUGGACAUUGA